CUGCUUCGUAUUUCAGUGAGAGCUUCUCCUCUGCAGAGAUGUGCCUACACGUUUUGUGUGUUACUUAUGGCUCCACUGAUUGGUCGGCUGUUCACCGAGCUCUUCAUUAUUUUCUGAUAUUUCUCUCAGAUUUGCAUGAAAGAUGACUACUUCUUACGAAGAUGUGUUACUGCAAGUGGGACAGGUGAGGUAUAAGAAAGGAGAUGGAACCCUAUACGUGAUGAGUGAGCGGCUGGCAUGGAUGUUGGACAACCGAGACACAGUUUCUGUCAGCCAUCGGUACACCGACAUCAAAAUGCAAAAAAUAUCACCUGAAGGUAAAGCAAAGAUUCAGCUACAAGUGGUACUUCAUGACAAUACCACUUCUACGUUUCAGUUUGUGAAUCGUGCCGGCCCUCAAACCGCCUUGAAAGAACGUGACCAAGUCAAAGACCUUCUAUUCCAGUUGUUACCAAAAUUCAAACGUAAAGUCAAUAAAGAGCUGGAAGAAAAAAAUAGAUUGCUGUCGGAAAACCCCGCGCUUCUCCAAUUGUACAAAGACUUGGUAAUAACUCAAGUUAUAUCGCCGGAAGAGUUUUGGAGUCAGCAUGCUGUCAACUACACUCAAAAACAGCACAACCAAAAGCAACAAAUUGGUGUUUCAUCAGCAUUCCUCGCUGAUAUCAAGCCUCAGACUGAUGGAUGUAACGGACUGAAAUACAAUCUGACUGCAGAUAUAAUUGAAUGCAUAUUCAAAACCUAUCCGGCUGUGCGUAAAAAGCAUUUGGAAUAUGUUCCUACCAAAAUGACUGAAUCCGAAUUCUGGACCAAGUUCUUUCAGUCUCACUAUUUUCAUAGAGAUAGAAUUCAUACUGGAACCAAAGAUUUAUUCACAGAGUGUGCGAAAUUGGAUGAUCAAGAAAUGAAAAAGGACAUGUCAGCUGGCGUUCAAGAUCCAUUGUUAGAUCUAACGGCUUUUGAAGACAAAACAUUAGGCGAGGGAUACGGAUCAACUACUGAAAAGCCUACUAGCACACAGAAUAUUGUACACCAAAGUAUGAUAAAAAGAUUCAAUCAACAUUCAAUAAUGGUGCUGAAAGCUUUCCAACAGUCCAGUGAUAGUAAUAAGACACAAGGUGAAACCACGCAUACCACAAUAAACAACAACGAAAACAAAUGCACCACUCAGCCCCAUGUAAAUGGUGAUAUUUUACCGGGCACCAGUGGUGAAGACUAUGACGCGCAAAGAAGCGCAAAGAAGAUGCGUAUUCAAGAAAAAGUGAGGUAUAACGAUCUUGAUGGAGACUGUGAUAUACUUAAUUCCAAUAACGUGAAGACUUUAAAUUUAACCAAGGUUGAACGUUACCUUCAUGGACCUUUAGCUGGAACCAGUGAAUCAAGUUCAAAUGUAGAAAACGUUUCGAAGUCUUGUGAUAGGCUAAGACAAUGUGUAUCCAGUUGGAACUUGAAUCAAGCUAAUAGAAGUCAUGUUGUCUCGGUUAAUCCCCAGAGCGCUGUAUCAGCUCUUGGUGAACUAACUCCCGGUGGAGCACUCAUGAAAGGAUUUCAUGAAGAAUCAUUAGCACAAUUGGUUCCACCUUCUCUUGAGAAAGAUUUGCAUCAUCUGUACAUGAGCGGCUGUGAAUUGUUGAGGCACUUCUGGGCUUGUUUUCCUCCUACUACAAAUGAGCUACAAGAAAAAGUCGUUCGAAUGCAUGAGGCUCUCCAUAGAUUCCAUUCUGCCCGUCUCAAACCAUUUGAGGAGCGUGUGAUGUGCGAGUUCUCACCUCUGAGUCACCAACUGACCAACCACCUCAACCAACUUCUCUCAACCGCCUACUCGAAAUACGAGCUUUGGCAGUCACGACGCAAGCCUGCUCUCAGAUAACACCUGCUAACCGCAACACAAUUACCUCAAUCGUCUAGUCGGUGAAUCAAUUGCAAACCUGACUAAUAUAACCGUACAAGCUUUCAGUAAUGGAUUUCUUCCAGAGAACGGAGCUAGUCCAUCGGUAGAUUGGCAAGUUCAGUUAUUUUCAUUUAUGAAUGAAUAAUAAAUUAAUUUAUUGAUCUUACACCAUUCCUAGACCAUUAAAAAUUUCCUGUAAAAGAAAGGUUGAGAUUUUUUUAUCAUAUUUAUAAACUAAAAUGAAUAUGACUGAAGUUUAUAAAUUAUUAUGUAUUUUUACAGUAUGAUAAUUUUCACUUUGAUUUCAUUCCUUUUAUUCAGUAUUUUUCGAUAUUGUUAUUCAGACAUUUUUCGUCAUUAUUAUAUAAUUUUGAAAUUUUUAACCUUAAAAUCUUAGUUAAUUUCUGCAGGUUGGAUUUCGUGUAUAAACUGAUGAAAAUAGUUUCGUGCUUUGAAAUUAAAAUUGUGUUUUCGAUUUUUUAUUGUAUUUUAUAAAAUAUAAUUGGUCUAUGACAUAAUUUGAUCAUGUUUAUAUUCAUUGAUUAAAAAUGUUAGUUACCUAGAUUUUUUUUCAUUUUAAAAUAUUAGUAAACUUUAAUAAUUAUGGGGUGAAAUAGUCUGAAAGUUGUUGAGAUCAAUAGUCUACUGAAAUUUCCAUGUGUGCCUAAAUAGAGAGCAAAAAAUUAUAUUUUAAUGUACUUCCACCAGUAAAUUAUUAGAGCAUUUGUCGAUUUUUCAAAUUAUAAAAAGUUGAAUUUCAUCCUAGAAUAUAAUUCUAUCUUUCUCGUAUCUAUGAUUUGGUGUUGAAUUAGUUUUAUAUUUUACACUGACACACUUCACUAGCCUAUUGUAUUUUUUCAUAGUUCACUAUAAUUUAAUUUUGUUCCAAGACCAUUUCAGCACUCUCACAAAUAUUUGAUUAAGCUUGAAACAAUUAUGGGCUUUUGAAUAUCAUUAGUUGAAUGUUAUUAAUUUUAAUGAACUGCUCCUCAACAUCAUUAUUGUAACAAAAGACUAUUGUAAUGGAGUUGGUGGGAAAAACAAUAAUACAGAUUUGUAUUUUUUGAUUUGUAAUAUUUAUCAACAUCAUAAACUCUCUUUCAGUCAGUGUUGCACUAGUUUUCUACUUUGAUAACAACUUUUUUUAAACUCUCAACUACUGUCAUUCUCGACCUAAGGCUCUUUUCUACUCUCCCUAUUUUAACCCUUUGCGCUUUUAUAUUCAGUAUAGCUGGAUACUGCGUUUCUCACUACAGCUCUGAAAUUAAAAGAGGGGUGUCUGUGCGUCAGCUCUUAUAUCCAGCAUCGCUGGCUAACCUUUUUUCCUGCUACAUCUCUGCUCGGAAUUUCCAUAGUUGGCCGUACAGCUCUGGCACUUGCACAGUAGUAACUCUCAAAAUCUAUCAAAAUGCAUUAUUUGGUAUCCAAAUAUUAGAAUGUUAUGUUUAUUCUACAAAGUACAAUUUUAUUUCAUCGUAUUGUUCAUUUCAUAUAUUUCAUGUUUUUUGAUAAGUCAAUAAAAAAAUCCUUAUUUUUAUUAAAUACAUCUUAUAUAAUCUCAUAUCAGAUUGUUAUUUUCUGGAUUAAAAGGUUAUAAAUGAAUUUUUCAGAUUGAUAAAUAAUUUUUUAUUCAGAUUGAACAUAUUUUAUAAAAAUCUUGAAUAAUAGAGGUUGAUAAAAUUGAAAAAACCUCAUGAACCUUUUUAAAAAUGAGGAAUGAGAAGUCGAAUGUUUUAACUGACAAAAAAAUCAAUUGGUCAAAAUAUUUUCAAAUGUUCAUAAGACGUAAUUAUUAUAAAAAUAUAAGAAACCAUACAGUACGAGAUAUUAUGGGGAAAAAUUGAAAUGUAAAAUUGUAUGACAAGUCAGCAAGUAGCUUCAAAAAGUAAUAAUCAAAAAUAGAUUUCAUUUUAUUCUGUUUUGAACUUUUUCACUUUGUGGUACUUUUUGAAACAAAAUCCUGGAUGAAGACCGGGCUUGUUGGGGCAAGUUUGGCAGAAAUUCCUGGUUCUCUUCCUGUCACUUGCCAGUUUUUUGCUUACUGCAAACAAGAAAAUCCUUGCUCUUACUUGGUUCCAGAAGAUCGGGCACAUGGAGUCCUCCAUUUAGUCUCACUUUAUCAUGUUUCUCAGAAGGAAUUCUAUACGGUUUAGGGUUUCUGAAAUCACCAACUAAAGACAUGAUAAGAUUUCUUCUAAAGCUCCUCUGCCUCAUUGGUUGUUUUUCAGGAGGUCGAUUGUUAUUGGACAGAAGAAAUGCAUUCACAACAGAAACUUCCAGCAUCCAAAAAAAUACUUUUCACCACCAUUUAACAGACUUCCUGGUGAAAGAAUAGGAUGAAAUGUAGUGGUCUGCCAAGUCGACACUGCCCAUAAAAUCAUUAUAACGACGACUUACUAUAGUUGGUUUUUGAUUAGUUUCUGUUACUCCCCCUCUCAGUAUCCUUUUCACUUCCUCAAUUGUAUUAUUAUAUAAUAAAGAGAGCAUGGUAACUGGUCUCUUAUCUUUCCAUUCAAGAACAUGCUCAAAUGCUGGGUUGAUUGGAGUGUGGUCUUUCCUCAGAGAAAUCGUCUCAACUUUUUUAAGCUUAGGUUUCUUCCUAAUUUCACUUGGCAAUCCCUUCCUUAGACGAUUCGCAGUGCCUGUUAGGUGCAUGUUUUUCAAAUAAAGUUCUUUUGCUAGCUCGACACUUGUAUAAUAACGGUCCGUGAAUAUGUGGAGCCCUCUGACAUCUCCAUAACAUCUCUCCAAUUUCUCUACAAGUGGCAAUACAACUACUUGUUACCAAUAAAUAUGGCUUAACCAUUGUGUUUUUCAUAGCAGAUCCUAUGUAAGGUUCCAUUGCACAGACAUAUCCCGAUACAGCAUCACAAACUACAUAAUACAUUUAUUCCCCAUUUCGUAGGUUUCUCUUUAUUAUAAACUUUGAAUGAAAUACAACCCUUGAAGCCAAUUGUACUUUAUAGCAUCAAUUAUAAGCAUUCCAGAGGGACAAAAAUGAGAUGCGAAUUUCCUCUCUAAAUACUCCAUCACUCGUCUAACCUUUCCCAAUCUUGUUAGUGUGCCUAAUAUAGGCCCAGUGCUAGGUGGAGGUGACAGAUGGAGAGUCCAAAAAAUUUGAUAGAACCUCUCUUUACUGAAGAUGUCUUUGAAAAAAAGUCCAGCCAGUCUGAAGAGAAGAAAUCAUCAAUUUCUGAUUUGGAGUUUAAUGUUCAAUAUAACAGCAAUAAUGCUUUUAACUCAGGCAAAGAAAUACCGUACCAUGAAUGCCAUGUGGAGUUCUUACGCAGUGGUCAAUAUUUUUUCUUUGGUGUAUCUGUUGCUUUCCAGGACUAUUUGUUGUAACUGAUCGGUGAAAAACAGAUUAAAAAAGUUUAUUUCACAGGACCUGUCAAAAUUUUCAAGAAUUAUAAAUCCUUUUUGUUUUUCUAGUAAACACUUGAACCUAGGAAAAGGGUCAUCGUCUUUAUUGUCACUGUCAGUUAUAUCGUCUUCAUCUUGUUCUUCAGGCAAAUUACUUUCAUGAUCACCAUUCAACUCCAAGUCAUUGACCUCUAGAUAAUUCAUUCACAACUUCUGAAUUUUGUAAAAAGUCACUCUCAUGCAGUUCUGCUGAAUCGUCCAUCCAACCGUCAUCUUUAAUGAUGAUAUCAAUAUCAUAAUUUUGUCCCAUCAUCAAAAAGCAAGUCCCUGAUAGAAUCGGAUCGAAGCACUUCCUCAAGUUCAUCACUUAUAUUUACUAGCAACUUUGGUAAUAACUCUAAAAUAUAAUAUACUCUACACUCUUACACUCUAAAAUAAUUCACUACCUACUUCAUGUUGAGAAUUGAAAUUGUGUUUGUUUGAACUCAAUUUAGGCAUUAGAGUAUUAUCUGUUACUACGCAACUCAAAACACCUGUUAUUUUUGCUCAAAGAAGACAUAUUAUUAUUCAGCUUUAAUUUUUAAUCGCUUAAUUAAAAAAUAAAUAAAAUUAAUAUUAGAAAAAUACAUUCAUUUGUUGCAAUGGUUAUUAUAAGCUCAAAAAAGCUUAUUUUUUGAAACACAUUAACAACAUUCUGCAAUGGAAGAAGUGACUGUUUUGAUUCAUGUGGUUGUUCUGAACAAUAAUCCCAGUUGAAGUCAUCCACCAAUCCGAUCCUGAUUCUAUUAAAAAUAAAAAAGUUGCUGAACAGCAAUAUCCAGCCAUGCUGGAUACGAGGGCGUUCGAGCUUUUUGGCGUGAGCCAGUUAUGCUGGAUAUGAGAGCUGUAGCAAGCGAUUCCCAUUUUGUCAGCCAGAGUUGUAGAGGAAAUUUGUAGUAGCCAGUAAUGCUGGAUACAAGAGUAGAAGAACAAGAAUUCUAUAAUUCUGUUUCUAUUUUAUUUCUUUGAAGGAUGUAUUAAAGGUGGAGAAAAUACUCCAUCAAAUAUGUAAAAAUUAAAUACUGUUGAAAUAAUGAUUUAUUGCAUCUAUAUCAGUUGUACUUUCUUCCUCUUAUAAACCACUUAAUUGUUGAUUGACCAAAAAUCUUUACAAUUGUUUUGUUUCUCUCUAUGGUAUUAUUACACACAAUAGUGUUAUAGAAUUUGUAUUACAGUGCCUAUCCUAUAAUAUAUAAUUAAAAAAAAAAACAUUUUUAUACUUUUACAAUAUUAAUACUAUAGUAAUAUCAUACAUUUGGUAUACUAUAAUUCAAUUAUUACAUUUAUUAUUAUUAUUCUUCUGUUGAGAAAAGUUAAUGUAAGUUUUCCUCUGUUAUGUAUGUUGGAAUUUGAAUUCAGUGUACAAAUUUUAAUGUCAAAGUGUUGAUUAUUGUUUGAUUUCAAUUGUUUGAUACCUGAUUGAAGUAUCAAGGAUUACUAUUAAUUAUUGUGAAACAAUGUUUGUUGUUAUUGAAUUGUCUUUGUUCAACACAAAAAAAGUAAAUAAAAUGUAUUACUUUGCAAUA